UGUCCUACCCUUUACUCUCAAGUCCGAUCCCUUCCCCCGAGAUUAGGGUAGUCAAAAGAAAGGACCCCAUUACUAUGCGAUGCAAAACUUAUGGUCUACAAAAUGAACACCUUUGUUAGAUGAUCGAGCCAUUCAGAUUUCGAUCAAGCUCUAUGGAAUGUGAAGAGUCUUAUAAGUGUGAAUUUACAAAAAUAUUAUUCACAUCUCUUCUUAAGAACAUAGAUCAUUUGCGUGAGCGAGAUUAUUGGAAAACAUAUAUUUCAAUAUGUACGUAUGUGUAUAAUACGUUUUUAGUACAUUAGAGUUGUUAAAUGUAUAUUUCAACGAAUCAUUCUGACGUGUACAACAAACAAAAGCACACAAAUUUACGAACGAGAAUAAAUAAUUAACAAAUAGUUUUAUUGUCGGUCAUCGCACAAUUUCAAACCUCAUUGGAUUUCCCACUUCAUGCAUAAAAGAAUUGAGACUUGUUGAGUUAUAUACAUCCCUCUCUCUCUCUCUUUCAUGGCGUCGAACUGCACACGCGUCUCCGUCUGAGCCUCACCUUCUCUGUUUUCCCCUCUCUCUCUCUGAAAAAAAACAAAAUGCAUGAAGCUUGCUGUCGAAGUAUCCUCACUCAUUAGCAUUACUUGCCCACAAAGCAAAUCAAAAACCAAAAUCCCAAAAGAAAUCCCCCACCUUUCGAAUCCCACCUCCUAUUUAAUCCCACCCAUCUCUCUGUUUUUCGUCGCCAUUAAAACCCCAGAAAGCUUUACUGUUUUUGUUUUGGUUAUGACAAACGGUUCUCAAAGUGGCAAUGCGUCAAACACAUUCGAGGCAUUCUACGAGGGCUGGCUGGUCCGGCAAGGACACUUCCUCGAUGAGCUCUUACUGAGAUUGCUUCAAAUUAGGUAUACUUCCUACGAAAGGAGCCUGCUUUGGAUCGCCGGGUACAAACAGAGUAUCGUAUUUCAGCUUGUGACCGAGUCGGUGUCCGAUUUGAGCGACCAGCUGCAGGUCAGGAUGGCCCGGCUAAGGGAGGCGACCCGAGUCGAGGAGCGCGCGCUCAACGACAAGCGCGCCAAGAUUCACGAGAGCGUGGCGGCACCGCCGUUCAUGGAUGCGGUGAGGCAGUACAGGAGGGCCGGCCACGGGGAGAUCGUGGAGGACGACGUGGUGAUCAAGUCGCUUAAGUCGGCAUUGGAGAGCGUGGUGGAGAAUGCCAACUUGCUGAGGAUGAUGAUGGCGACGAAGCUGGUGGAUUUGCUGAGCUCGGGGCAGGCAGUGAAAUUUUGGCUAAUAAUUUUGAUUAUGGAUGGUAAUGGUAAUUUUGAGAUGUGCAUUAUGUUAUAUUUAAUAUGAUUGCACUUUGCAAUGGAGCUUGGAUGAUGAAAAUGUUUUUUAAUAUAAUUGAUAUAAAGGAAAGUUUUGAA